GAACUGAAACGUUUUUUUUUUAGAAAAAAAAAAAUUUCUUAAGACAAUUUUACAGAAAUUACUGAAUCGUCACAACAAUAAAAUUAAUUUUUGGGUUUGUUUCGUGUGUUUGACGAUGACAAUGUUUCUUCCUUGUUUAAAAUUAUGGUUUUCGAUAUUAGUUUCAAUUAUUGGUAUAAUUAUUCUUCAAAGUAUAGUGGUCAAUUUUCCUAAUGUUACCCAAAAUACAUCAUCUUUUGGUACAUUUUUAAAAAACGGUCUUGGAUACUGCUUAGUAUUGGUACCAGGUUAUUGGCUGUAUAAAUUUGCUAAAUAUUAUGAAUUGGGAGAUAACAGUAUUACAAGUAAACUUUUAAAGUUCCUUUUUGUUGAAAACCAUAGUAUUGAUGUAGAACGUAUAAAGCAAGAUACUGUACAAGAUGUUCAUUCUUCUGCCAGUUAUAAAAAAGAUUUAUUUACUUUCAUGUAUUGUUUUGGAGGGUUACAAACCUCAUACUUAGUUUGGGGCGUUGUUCAAGAAAAAAUGAUGUCUGAAUCGUACGGUUCAGGCGUAGAAUCAAAAUUUAGCGACACACAAAUGUUAGUUUUUUUAAACAGAGGUCUUUCUACUGUAUUGUCCGCUGCAGUAUUAUUUAUGAAUGAAGGCAUUGGAUCAAAAUACCCUCCUCCACUAUACAAGUACAGUUAUUGUACGUUAUCAAACAUUAUAAGUUCAUGGUGCCAAUAUGAGGCUCUCAAGUAUGUUAGUUUUCCAACACAGGUAUUGGCUAAAACGUGUAAAAUUAUUCCUGUAAUGCUGAUGGGGAAAUUGAUAUCCGGUAAAAAAUAUCAAUACUACGAAUAUGUUACCGCAGUGGGUAUAUGGAUUGGUAUGGCUGUGUUUCAGUUUUUUACUGUAAACAAGCAUUCGGAUGUUACAACUUGUAUAUCCGGCAUUAUUUUACUGAUGGGAUAUUUAGCGUCUGAUAGUUUUACAGCAACAUGGCAAGGCCGUAUAUUCACACAAUAUCAAGUAACUCCUUUACAAAUGGUCUUUGCCACUUCAUUUUUGUCAUCGUUGCUCACAUCAGUAUCACUAUAUCAAUCCGAUUCAUUCAGAAAAACUUAUGUAUUUAUAUCGCAAUAUCCAUCGUUUCUAACAGAUUGCAUAGUAUUGUCAGUGAGCUCUGCAUGUGGCCAGUUAUUUAUAUUUAAAACCAUUUCAAAGUUUGGACCAAUUGUUUUUACUAUAAUAAUGACUAUAAGACAGGGAUUAUCAAUAAUAAUAUCAUGUUUGAGGUAUCAUCACCCUGUUGGAUUUAUGGCUUCACUUGGAAUCGUAUUUGUCUUCAUAUCCAUAUUUACCCGGUUGUAUUGUAGCGUUCGAAUGAAAUCUAAGAAAGUUCCCAGUCACACACCAUUCAAAGUAUAAGUAAAGAAUCGCUGCUUUUAAACGUUAAUAACGAUACAAUUCCAAAAAAUAUUUGAGUUGCCUGGAGCAAAAGUUGUAUACAUCCAAGAAUAUUUUCUAGUCGGAAAGUCCUCUGUUGCCACAACAGAAAGUAUAAGACGCCAAUCGCUGAAGGUAUGGUGAGUAUGAGCGACAGGACAACGUAGAUGGCUUUGUUGGCUGCAUUAGCUCGGCGCGACAAAAACGUACGGGACACCUCGAUCAGACAGAGGAACACAAACACAAUUAAGUUAGUGCUGAGUUCAUCAACUGAUAGUGUUUUUUUGUAAGCAUCGUCUAUUGAUUUGGCACAUAUCAAUGAAAAUUCAAACGUGGAAAACAUUCCAAAGUAGUAGGAGUUGAGGUACAUUAACACUUCGAACAUUAAGGGCGCCUCCAUUCUGUAAAACACAUGAACUGUUUGGGAGAGCUGCUGCGUUUGCUAUGGCUAUUUUCGUGCACAUGGGCAUGUCCUGGCAAUCAAUACACAUGCAAUGUUGCCUGCGUUAUAAUUGAAAAUGCUUGUACAAUUAUAUACUACACUGCUCGACAAUAAUACAUUAUUAUAUUGUUUGUUAUUAUCAUAAUGCAAUUAAUGUGGAUACUAUUCUUAAUACUCAAUGUUAUAGUUGGUUUAACAGAGGCAAACAAAAAUAAUAAAUGUAAUAAAAUGUUAAAGAAACGAUUAUGUAGUUUAAUGUAUAUUUUGAGUACCCCUGAUUUCAUGAUACGCGAUGUAUACAGGACGAUUGAAAAAUCUAAAUUUGAUUACAUUGCAUUCGAUACCAAAACAAUGAAGUACAAAGUAUGCACAUAUUGUAUUUCUAAAAAUUCUGUUUGGCUCUAUAGUUUUUAAUUACGAUCUAUAUGUAAAAUUAACCGUAUAGGUUAGGGUAUAAUAUUCUUUAUUAAAAUAUUUUCCUCUUAUAAUUAUUUAAUGAAUGAUUUUGCCCGAAUUAUUGCAAGAGUUGAAAGAAAAAUGAAUUUUGUGGAAGUCAUUCUCUAGCGUACCUAGUUUUCGAUUGUCAAAUAAGUACCCAAAGCUAUCAGAGUCGGCUUAUCAUUGGAAAGUCUUUAAGUAUAUAGCCAGUAACAAAUCGUUACAAACAAAAACACUUUCACAUAAAUAAAAAAAUGUAUUUCUAUAAAUAUUAAAACUUAUAAAAACAAAAAUAUAAACUUAAUAUUUUUGUCUUAUACACAUCUCCUCGAAAACGUUCUUUAGAAAUAUGAAAAUGUAAUAACUCUAAACAAAUGUUUGGCGAUUUCCAAACAAGUUCUAUGUCUAAACUUAUACCUAAACAUAUUUUUGUCUAAUCAUAAAAACAAUAUUUACUUAUUUAUAAUUAUACCAGUUAAAGAAAUAUUCUUUUGGUCAUUAUCCGGAUCAAACUCAUUUCCGAAUUGUUUUUUUUAUAAAUAAUUGCAAUAUUCUUUGCUUUUAUAUUUUAACUCAAUUAUUUUACAUAAUCACAAAUUAAUUUAAUACAUUCUGAUUAAAACAGAACAAAAUAAUAAUGUAUAUACAUCAAAGUGUCCCUUAUUUUGAAUUUUUUCGAAAUUGUAUGCUCUCAAGGUCUCAAACUACUCUAGUGGGUGAAAAUAAAACCCUAAACGUUUCAAUGCUCCAACUUAUUUUUUACAUGUGCCGCUAAACCAGCAAUAUAUAUUCAAAUUAUUAGUAAUUAGUGAAUAGGUAUAGUGAUUACGAGGAGUAUAUCCUAAGGUAAACGUUGUAAAAGAAAGGAAUAUUAUUUUUACGCUUUUUAUACCAAAAAAUGUAUAACUAGAUACUUUUAAAAAUACAAUUAUUCGCAUUUAUGUAAGUACUUAUAAAUAUUGGCUUAUAUUCUAGCCACGUGCGAGUUUUUAG